GGAUUAUGUUUCUUUCGUUUUCAUUUCCCGGAAGGGUCGAAUGCGAAAAUAGUGCAGUUUGUUUUAUUUCUUCAACAACAUUGCGUUUUCUUCCAAAAUGGAGUUUGGAAACGCGAGACGUUAGGUUUGUUUUAUUUACUUGGUGAGUGAGUUUAUAAGGAAAUCGUCCUGUUUUUUUUUUUUUUUUUUCUGGUGCAAUCAAAAAGAUAAGGGAUUUUACCAUGGCGAGCGUUUCCCCGUCACCUUUGAUCAAGCAAGAAACUAGAACAUGCAGUCCCUCUACCAUAAUGCAUGGGAGGGAGGUCAGCCUCCCUCCCAUUGUACAUCACCCUCCCCCAAAUCAGCCGCCUUUGGUCAGUCCUCCCACUCAGGAAGAUCUGUGGCAUCUACCUGGAAGACUGAGAAUAAACCCAUCUCUGUGGGAUAAGGAGGAUGUUGCCCACUGGCUCCACUGGGCUCAGAAGGAAUACUCACUACGCCGACCAGAAAAGGGACGUUUUGAGAUGAACGGCAGAGCCUUAUGCCUGCUCACAAAAGAAGACUUCAGACGCCGCUGCCCGAGCUCAGGUGAUGUUCUCUAUGAGAUCCUUCAGUGUGUAAAGCAACAAAGGAGGAAUGUCUGCCAGCCCCCUAAUGUGUCUGAUCCGGUGGCAGGUGGGCACAUUCAGUCCCCAGUCAGUAGCCAGAUACCUUCUCACACUGUCCAAGACCCUCAGUCUGUGACAGUCAGUGUGAGCCCAGUUUCCCUCGCAGACACUGCUGCAGCACCUGCAGCUGUUGUAGCUGCCGUGAGCAGCCAGCCUGAGCCCAUUUCUACACUCAGAGAGCGCCCCGUUUCUUACCCUUACUCUGCUCCCCAUACUCAUAGCAUUGGAUCAGCAGCUGUCACUGCAUUGCCCCAAAACCAAAUUCAAUCACUUCCCCUAAAAGAAAGCAUCAUUCAGGAGCCUCUUAACCUGUCCAGUCGAGAGAGGCCAAGGAGCCCGCUGCACAAAGCCAAUGGUCGCAUACCAGAGUGCAGGCUGCUGUGGGACUAUGUGUAUCAGUUGUUGUGUGAUGAUCGCUACCAAGACUACAUUCGGUGGGAAGACCUUGACACACAUGUAUUCAGGGUGGUUGACCCCAAUGGAUUGGCACGUCUCUGGGGAAACCACAAGAACCGAGACAACAUGACCUAUGAGAAAAUGUCCCGUGCUCUCCGGCACUACUACAAGCUCAACAUCAUCAAAAAGGAACGGGGACAAAAACUCCUCUUCAGAUUUCUGAAACUCCCUCAAGACAUCAGGAAACACCAAAUCGACGCAGUUGUGUCCCCUGAACACACACCACCUCAGGAUGUGGACUUUGCAGAUAGCAGUCCUUUGCAGAAGUUUAGUGACGAUCAUUUUGAGGUUUCGCCCGAUCGAGCUUCUCCACAGCCUCCUUCAACUGGUGCCCCGGUGGGAUAGAGAAGAAUAUGGUUGGAUAAAAGUUGUAUCAUAGUACAACUUAGAAUAUUCAGAAAGAACAAAUAAAGAUUUUGUUUUUUCAUGACAGUUUCAGCUCCAAAAAUGAUCCUUGCUUGUACAGGUUCGCUAAAAUGUUCUAGAUGUUUUCUGCAAGAUUGCUUCCUGCGCUGUUCAUCAUUUUACAUGUGAAUGAACACUAACAUUUAGGUUAAAAUAAAUAUGUGAAGGAAUUAUCAAGGUGCAUCCAUAAAAUCAUUGUAACAUAUUUUUCAGAGGUUUGCUAAACAUGAUUGCAAUUUGGUCUGGAUUCAUUUUCAUAAAAUAUUCAUAUCUGGGAUGUAAGAGGUAGAUGAAUCAGGGAUAGCUGUGAUCAAACGAGAUUUCUGUUGGUUCUUUUAAAAGUUUUUAUGGAAAAUGAGGAAAUUGUUUGUAAAAGUCUUGGUUGUUUGUUUUUCUUUAGGAAAUAAAUUUUUUAUAUGGCA